AUGAUGUAUGGCUAUAUCGUGUUCACGGCUAUUCUAGCCACUAUUCUCGGCCUUUCACCUCGUUGGCUGCGAGCACCGGAUUUGCCCACAAUCAAUGUCUACCCAGGCGACUUUAUGAAGAAAAAGGCGCGGGAGGAAUUUCUAUCAGAUGCGCAAGCCUUACUUGCUGAGGGGGCUCGAAAGUUCAAUGGCCCUUUCCGCAUCAUUACUUCCCCUGGGUCUCGUGUCAUUCUACCUAAAUCUUGGACCCCAUUCGUCAAGAGCUGCAAGAAGCUGGAUCAUCUCGCGCUUGUUCGUGCGGAAUAUUUCGGAAAUAUUCCUGGCUUAGAAGGGCUUAGUGCAUUCCUUGACCCCAACCAUAUUUUGAUCGAUGUCAUCAAGAUGAAACUAAAUCAGAAUCAUCAAUGCCAGGUCAUGCAUGAUCAUAGCGCGGAUGUCAUGGAGGAAACAUGGACUAAGCAGACCGAAUGGCAUCUCGUGGACUUCAGCCCGGAUAUACUCAAGUUUACAGCCCGCGUGGCAUCUUCCAUCUUCGUCGGCCAUGAACUCGCCCGUGAUCAGGACUGGCAGACCCUCAUAACAACUUACACAGUGACCUUCUUCAAUAGUGUUCGCGCUCUCCGCAAUUGGCCAAAAAGUCUUCACCCGGUUAUUCACUGGAUGCUACCGGACUGUCAAAAGGCGCGCGGCCAGGUUCGUCUAGCCCGUCGCAUGCUUGCCCCCGUUCUAGAAGAGCGAACCGCCAUGAAGAAGUCUGCAGAGACCGAGGGGCAUAAACUGAAGUUCGAUGAUACAAUAGAAUGGACUGAAGAGGUUGCAAAGGGCCGACCCUAUGAUCCGGUAGCGGUUCAGCUUGGCCUGGCUAUGGGCGCUCUGCAUACCACAACCCAGCUGAUGCAGCAAGCCAUCUUGGAUAUCUGUGCACAUCAGGACCUGAUCAAGCCACUCAGAGAAGAAAUAGCAUAUGCAGUUCAAGAGAGCGGAUGGACCACUGCUGGGUUGUUCAAGAUGAAGCUAUUAGAUAGUGUGAUUAAAGAAACUCAGCGCCUCAAGCCAGGCUUGCUAGCAAAUCUUGAACGCACGACCACGGACAAAGUCACCCUUCCCAACGGGAUCACCCUACCCCCAGGCACCAACGUCGGGGUAGAAUGCAACAUGUGGUCUGACGCUGAGACAUAUUCGUCUCCCGAGAAAUUCGACGGAUAUCGAUUUCUGCGAAUGCGCGAGGCCGGAGACAACACGGCUGUUUUGUCGGCAACAAAUCCCGAACAUGUCGCGUUCGGUAUUGGUCGAUCCAUAUGCCCGGGAAGGUUCAUGGCGGCGAGCGAGAUCAAAAUCGUGAUAUCAAGAUUGCUUCUGGAUUAUGAUAUUAGGUUCGCGGAGGGGUACAAGCCUUGCGUUAUACAUCAUGGGUUUGAGAUGCUGAGCGAUCCGUUGGCAAAGGUUGAGGUUAGAAAGAGAACUCUCUAA